AUGUCGCCGGCGUUCUCGUCCGAUCCACGGGGCUCCCACGGAAGUGCCAAGUCGGGCACCGAGGGGAAGCGUUCCCUCUCCUCACUGAACGUUGGCUUCUUCAAGUCGCUCGCGGACAGGCGUGCCAACCGCGAUGGAAUGACACCGAAGCGACGCGGUCCAAAGCCCGACAGCAGGCCUGCCCUGACCAGGAAGCAGGAACUUAACCGCCAGGCUCAGCGGACCCAUAGAGAAAGGAAGGAGCUCUACGUGCAGGCGCUGGAAGACGAGGUCCUUCGGCUGAAGGAGCUGUACACGCUUCUUUUCCAAGAGAAGGAAAGAUGCGCCCAAGAAAACAGAGAGCUCAAGGAGACGUUGGCGCGACACGGGAUACGAGCAUCUCGAGGCGACCUCCAAGACUUCACGACGAGCAGCAACGAUGCCGCCCUUGACCGCGGCCCAUUGUCAACGACGAGUCCCGGCAGCAGCACGGAGCCCGGGCCAUCCUACCCGACGUUGUCGCCUACGCAGUCGACUGCGCCCUCCAUCUCCUCGGCGAACCAUGGUGGCCAUCUGCCACCGCCACCGACGGUGGGCCGAACGCCCGGCAUGACGGGGUCGAACGGCAAAGGAGAUGUCGACCUCGAGCAAGCAGGCAUUGAUUUUGUCCUAACACUUGAAAAACCCUGCAUGGCGCACAUGCCAUAUCUGCUUGAGAGUGCAACCGACGCACAGGGAGACUGCUGCGGCCAUGCGUUGAUGGCGUCCUGCCCUCCUACAUCCUUCGCCCACCUGACAGCAGACACGCCCUUUGGGAGCACCCACACGCACGACCAUGGCGACGGCGUCAUUCCGUGCCAGGGGACAUGGGAGCUCAGCAAGGCAGGCCUUGCCACCUUGCUCAACCUCAGCAAGAGGUUGGAUCUGGCCGGCGAGAUCACCCCCGUCAUGGCUUGGGGGAUACUGAUGAACCACCCGCGAUUUGUCGACCUCACACCAGGGCACUUGCGAAGGCUCGCCGACGAUCUGAGCAAAAAGGUCCGCUGCUACGGUUUCGGUGCGGUGAUGGAAGAGUUUGAGCUGCGCGACGCGUUGGAGAGAGUCUUGACCAGCGAGUCCGAGACGCCAUUGCACUAG